AGUUUACCUGACCUUCCUGAAGCUUUUUUAGUUAUUGUUCUGAUAAACAAAUCAUCAUGGAUCUGUCAUUUAUGGCCGCGCAGAUCCCUGUGAUGACAGGAGCCUUCAUGGACUCAUCGCCUCACGAUGACUACAGCACGGAUCACUCUCUCUUCAACUCCUCUGCUAGUGUCCACGCCGCAGCUCUGGCAGCUCACAACCAACAGGAGGAGCAGCAGCCCAUGUCCCGAGACGCCAUCUGGCUGUGGCUCGCCAUCACCGCCACCAUUGGGAACAUCAUAGUGGUGGGCGUCGUCUACGCCUUCACGUUCUGACCUCUGGAAUGAAACCAGCUGAACUUUGGAGACAUAUUCGGCUUUGAGUCCCUCAAAUAUAGGACCCCUCAUCGGACGAACAGUGUCUGAAAAAAAUCUGCACGUUUUUUGUUGUUUAUUUGUUUGGUUUUUACGUAGAACGGUUCCAGAAAUUAUUUUUGAUUCAUUGUCAUUUUCAUGUUGAAAACUUUGUAACUAGAUUGUUUAUUGCUAAACAAGUGUAACGUGAGGAAAAAUCACAGAUUUCAUUUGUAUUUAUUUUUUUCUGAGUGACUAAUACUGCCAGACUUUUGCCAAAUAAUUUGUACGUUUUUGCUUUUAGUAUCUAAUGGCAAAUGUUGUUAUUAAGCUUUAAAUGUCUAGGGGGCAAACACUACUCUCUGAAAGUCAUCCAACAACCUUUUUAAAGCAGCGAUUAGAAAGUUGAAUCCCAAACCCAUUUUGGAAAGGUAACCAUAAAAUAAUGUAAAUAUAGGAAGUGCAGUAUAAGUGCCCAGAACAGGAAACUAAACACUUUUUUAUUAAAGUAUUUUAACCUUGGUCAGAAACAGAGAUAAUAAGCGAUAAAAGCACUUAAAAUCUUUUUUAUGCAUGGGGCAUUUAUACUCAUUGGUUGAUUUAUUAUUAUUUUUUUUUUGUCUUUUAUUUCACCCCAGCAUAUGACAAUUUGGAGACAAUCUCUUCUCUUAAUUCUUCACAUGGUAAAACCACCACUUUAGUUGAUGAAAGGUUCAGUUUAACAUUUAAGAAAUGCACCACAAAAUGAUUUUAAUUAAAACCUGCAUACCAGUGAAUGAUUUUAUACCAAUAAAUCAUUUCAUCCCCUUAGUUGAGGGUGACAGGUCCAGCUUGUAUUUAGUAGAGGUCAAAGCUUUGCU